AUGGCUGAAGGGAAACCGCAGCGCCUGUGUCUGCAAUGCCAAGCUCUAUCGUACGAAUUGGGUGUUUACUUCGACGACGCCAACCGAGCCAAGUUUGGCAAGAAAACUCCCCAGCAUGAUCCCAAUAAGCCCCAGCCCUCGAGUGCCCCUCCGCCCAGCCGUAUCCCUGUUCCCGUGAAGAAAUCACCCUGCGGCUCCUAUGAUAAUUGUUUCCUUGACGACAUGAGCCCAAGCGAGCUUGAUGAGAUACUUGAAGGAGUUGGUGGCAAGAGAUCUGCCAGCCAGUCGCCUCUGGGCUCAGGACAACGCAAACCGAAGAGCCCUAGUACUACAUCUUCCAGGAUUCCUGUCGUAAUUCCGCGCAAAACGACGCCUAAGCGCACCAAGAGUAAAUCGCCUUCCAGGCAAACCAAGCGUGCUCCGAGUCGAGCUCCUAGGCGAAGAACGCCCCACUCCUGA